AUGAAGAGGAAUGCAGCAACAAGAUCAGGCGAGUCGAAGUCCAAGAAGCGACGGGUAGAGCUACCAGAAUACCACGCCACGCCAUCCCUGAGGACGGACUCGGGCGAGAUCAUAUGGCCUGCGCCUCAGGACCAGAUAGACACGGCCCAGGACUUUAUACGAGAAUGUGUCUCGGCAGGUCAAAAGACACUGAUUGUCCCCGACAAAGAUGCGGAUGGUUUGGCGUCUGGCGCCGUCCUGCAAAAGACCCUGGUACUCCUUGGGCUUGAUGCCAAACUCAUUGUCGCACAUCUUCUCCAGAAGGGCAAUAAUGUGCAUGACGAGACAGAACGAGCUGCCAUGAGGGCCCACAAGCCAGCAUACAUUUUCGUCCUCGACCAAGGCUCCAGGAAAUCCCCAGCCGUGAUUGACAGCCCGCACCAGGCACUGGUCAUAGACCAUCACCAUGCGCUUGAGGACGAAUUUCCCGAGGGCUCGCGGCAUGUCUCCGCCUGUGACAGCCCACCAGUGGCGACGAGCUCAUUGCUGACGUAUCUCAUCUGUCGAGAGCUGCAUGACGAGGUUCAGAGCCAGUGCGAUUGGCUCUGCAUCAUGGGCACACACGGGGAUCUCGGCAAUACGCUCAAGUGGGAGCCGCCAUUUCCAGACAUGAAGGAGGCCUUCAAGAAAUACACAAAGAAAGCACUGAACGAAGCAGUGUCGUUGAUCAAUGCGCCGAGGCGAACAGCGUCGUUCAGCGUGCCUGUGGCGUGGGCAGCAUUGACGGCGGCCAAGUCGCCAUCAGAUCUCCUCCGAAACAGAGAGCUUCUAGCAGCAAGGGCAGAAGUCAAUGCUGAGGUCGAGCGGUGUACGCAUACAGCUCCUAAGUUCAGCGGAGACGCCAAGAUCGCUGUGUUCCGGAUCAAUUCAGCAGCGCAGGUGCACCCCGUGAUUGCUACGAGGUGGGCUGGGCAUCUUCAGUCGGCCAAGCUGGAGGUUGUCAUGGUUGCCAACGAAGGAUAUGCGCCGGGGCUGGUGAACUUCUCCUGUCGCAUACCGCGGACGGCCAGAGCAAGAGAUCCUCCCGUUAACAUCAUAGAGAUUCUCCGUGGUAUCGCGGCAAAAGCGCCCGACGAGACCUUGCGAGCUAGACUUGGAGAGUCGUUUGCUCGCGGUCAUAAAGAGGCCAGUGGUGGCAUCGUUCCAGUGAAGGAGUUCGAGGAGCUGCUGGAGAUUAUGGAAGUCGGGAAGAAGCCCGAGGGCGCAACUUCGACCAAGAAGGACUCCAAGCAAGGGAACAUGAUCACAAACUAUUUCGGUAAAAGGCCAUAG